AUGCCCAUCGUAGAGCUCUUUCUUCAGGCCCUUCUUCAAGUGCUGUUCGAGAAAUUGGCCUCUCCCGAGCUGCUCAACUUUGCACGGCACAGGGGGAUCCACACGUUGCUAAAGAAAUGGGAGAAGAUGCUGAUCAAGAUCGACAAGGUGCUCUAUGAUGCAGAGGAUAGGCAAUUGGCUAGUGAUCCCGAGGUGAAGUCGUGGCUCGAAGAUCUUGGGAACUUGGCCUAUGACAUUGAUGACUUGCUUGAUGAGUUUGCCCUAAAAUCUGUGGAAAAAAAGUCUGAUGCAGAACUCAGCCGUAGCAGGGGGCGAUCCCUUCUUCCGAGUUGUUGCUUCAAAUUGAGCGCAAGUGCAUUUAUGUUCAACUGCAAAAUGAGAUCCAAGAUUAGAGAGAUGGAUGGCAGAUUACAAGAUAUCAUAACUUUUAAAGACAGUCUGCACUUGAGAGAGAAUAACGGGGAGCGAUCAGCAUACUACCAAUUGGAUAAGCCGCUUCCCACUACGUAUUUGCCUGAGCCUGGUUUUGUUAGUAGAAAGGAUGAAAAAAACGAGAUCCUUGAAUUAUUGACCAAACAAGAAGACGAUAGAACAUGUGUGGAUAUAAAAGUGAUUCCCAUUGUAGGGAUGGGGGGUGUUGGGAAGACGGCUUUGGCUCAACAAAUCUACAAUGAUGCUAAAGUCACAAGCUAUUUUGAUAUGAAAGCAUGGGCUUGUGUUUCUGAUGAUUUCGACGUGCUUGCUAUCACAAAGAGUAUCUUAGGGACAACUAGCGCCCAUUUGUCAUGUGAAGAUAAGGAUUUGAACUGGCUUCAAGAUAAACUCAAGGAAAACCUUUCGAGAAAGAAGUUUCUUGUUGUUUUGGACGAUGUUUGGAAUGAGAAGUUUGGAAACUGGACUACCCUAUUGAAGCCUUUUCAAUCGGGAGCAAAGGGAAGCAAGAUCAUCAUCACCACUCGUAACAGCAGCGUUGCUUCAUUAGCCGGUGCUGCACCGUAUUAUCUCAAAGAGUUGUCUGAAGAUGCUCGCAUGACUCUAUUUGCAUUUCAUGCUCUUGGAGUUAGAAAUUUCGAUUGUCAUCCUCAUCUUGAAGAAUUAGGUCGGAAAAUAGUGGGAAAAUGCAAAGGGUUGCCAUUAGCAGUGAAGACAUUGGCCGGGCUGCUGCGCACCAAACUUAGUCCCUAUGAAUGGCAAGCUAUAUCGACCAACAAAAUUUGGGACCUACCCGAAGAAAGAAAUGAGAUCCUUCCGGCUUUGAAGCUUAGUUAUCUCCAUCUCCCAUUCAAUUUGAGGAGAUGUUUUGCUUAUUGUGCCAUAUUUCCCAAGGACUAUGAAAUUGAAAGGGAUGAGUUGAUUUGCUGGUGGAGUGCAGAGGGCUUGUUGGAGGGAAAAGAAGGAAAGAAUCAUUUUAAUGCAGGUUUGAAUUAUUUCGACGAACUAGUAUCUAGGUCAUUAUUUCAAAAGUCGAGUAGCAAUGGAUCACGAUUCUUGAUGCAUGAUCUUGUGAAUGACUUGGCGAAACUAGUUGCUGGUGCAAAGUAUUUUAGCUUAGGGGAGUUUGAGUCUGAGGGUUAUCAAAAUAAUGCGUAUUUAGCUCGUCACGCCUCUUUCAUUUCCAGCAGUCAUAUUGUGGCAGAAAGAUUCAAAAUAUAUCAUGGUAUGAAAGGACUUAGGAGCUUCAUAUCGUUAGUGAAGCAAUCUAGGUACUAUGCUGGGUCCUAUUUGUCUGAGAAAUUGCUAUGCGACUUGUUAUCUAGAUUGAAGUACUUGAGGGUUCUUUCAUUAUGUCACUAUUACAUUAGAAAGGUACCGGAUUGCAUUGGCAAACUGAGGCACCUAAGGCACCUCAAUUUGUCAUAUACUGAUAUUGAAAUGCUUCCAAAGUCAAUUGUUGCAUUGUACAACCUAGAGGCUUUGAUGUUGCAGAGCUGUGAAAACCUCACCCAAUUACCAAAAGGUAUGGAGAAAUUGAUCAAUUUAAAAUUUCUUGACAUUACCGACACUCCAAAUUUAAGAGUGAUGCCAAUGUAUAUAGGUAAUUUGGUGGGUCUUGAGAUGCUGUCCAAAUUUGUAGUGGGAACAGAAAAUGGGUCAAGAUUGAAGGAGUUAAAAAAUCUGAAAACCUCAAAGGGGAAUUGUGCAUCUCCGAUUUGCAUAAGGUUCAAGAAGUUGGAGAUGCUAGGGACACCAAUUUACUCACAAAGGAGGGAAUAUGUCGGUUGACCAUGCAAUGGAGUCCAGAUUUUGAAAAUUCCCGAAUGAAGAGCUUGAAGAAGAGAUCCUCGACUUUCUUCAUCCUCACCAAAACCUUGAAAAUCUCGUGAUAUCCUACUAUGGUGGCCUAAAAUUCCCGUCAUGGUUAGAAAGUCCCCCACAUGUUAACAUAGUGCAUUUACGUUUACAUGGAUGUUGCAGGGCCAAAAUGUUGCCAUCACUCGGGCAGCUAUCUUCGCUCAAAGAACUAUACAUUG